UCUAAAUGAAAAUUACAAGCUAUAACAUGACAUUUUACUUUGCCUCGUGUCCGUCACAGAUGAGAAAUGGCUGCUCAUCAAUCAAAAAGCUUUUAUUUUGAAAGGACUAACGGGACGUGUAGCUCUUCACUGGCGCUAACUUGCCCGGUGGGAAGUGAACGAGUACGAGGCAACACGGCUGACUUCCCACACAGACGCUGGCUUUGCUGUGAAGUUAAAACCGUCCAUGAGGCUAGCUCUCCUCUCUCCGCAGGUUUCACACGCACUUUUAAACCCGCAUGUUUAACAACGGCAACAACAACAACAACGGCAUUUUAUUGUUUUAUACAAAGAAGUCACAUCGGAUAUGACUCCAGCGGUCGACUCAACCUGCAGCGACUUCACCUCUUCAGAGUGUUUACCCUGACGACGGAAUAACGCUUUAAAUCACAUUUCCAGACACGGCAAAGGAGACUUGCUGAAUGAAACUUUGUCCCGUUUCUCCCGGAGGGAUAAAGACGCAUUUAUGGGCGCUGUGUUCAUUUAAAAAAAUAUAUAUAACCGAGUUGACUGGAUAAAAUGUUUGGCCACUUCAAGUCCCAGGUUGGGAGGUUAGCAACGAUGUCAGGGGUCGCCCGUUUUGGAAAAUGAUUACUGGCAGCACCGACGGUAAAAUAAUGGUCAGAAGAUGUCUAGUAACGUUCAAACCAUUCAGGAUAUUUGUGGUGGGAAUAGGCUUCUUCAGCCUGUGCUUUCUAAUGACCUCUCUGGGGGGGCAGUUCUCAGCCAAGAGACUGGGGGACUCCCCCUUCACCAUCCGCACAGAAGUGCUGGGAGGCGUGGAGUCACGUGGUGUGCUGAGGAAGAUCAGUGACAUGCUGGAGGUGAUUCUGAAGAGGAUGGACAGCCUGUCCAAACUGGACAACACCUCCACCACCGAUGCACGGCGCCUGGAUGAGCUCAGCUCUGCUAUCAACAGGUUUCAACCAGCCGGCCUGGUGGAGAGGAUUCAAGCUAUAGCCCAGAAUGUCUCCAACAUGGCCAUCAGGGUGGAGCAGAUACUGCAAAACAGUAUGGUGCAAGGAAGAGCAGUGAGAGAUGGGACGUCAAGCCAAUGUGAAGUACCAAGAGACCCCCGCUUUCCAGAGUGUCCAGGGAAAGUAGAUUGGAUGCGUGCACGUUGGACAUCAGACCCUUGCUACGCCUUCUACGGUGUCGACGGUUCAGACUGCUCAUUCCUCAUCUACCUGAGUGAGGUUGAGUGGUUCUGCCCCCCACUGGCUUGGAGAAACCACAGCAGCCCCCCCAUCCAACAUGCACAACAGGCAAAAGCCCCCAAGAGACAGGCUGCCUUCCGCACAGACCUCUCUGUACUGCUGGACCAGGUUGGGACAGGAAAGGAGUCCCUCAGCUUCAUGAAACGCCGAAUUCGCCGCCUCGCACAACAGUGGGCAACAGCCGCCAACCGCCUGGAUGCCAAGCUGGAGCAACGAUGGAGGGACCAGAAGAAGAUCCUGGUCCAUGUGGGUUUCCUGACAGAAGAGUCAGGAGAUGUUUUCAGCCCCAAAGUGCUGAAGGGGGGUCCUCUUGGAGAAAUGGUCCAGUGGGCUGACAUCCUCACUGCCCUCCAUGUUUUGGGACAUAACCUCAAGAUAUCCAUGUCUGUCAAGGAGCUACAGGGGUUCCUCGGUGUUCCUCCAGGCAGAGGCAGUUGCCCACUGACUGGCCCGCUGCCCUUUGACCUCAUCUACACCGACUACCAUGGCCUGCAGCAGAUGAAGCAACACAUGGGACUCUCACUCAAGAAACACAAAUGUCACAUUCGUGUGAUUGACACGUUUGGGACAGAGCCGGCUUACAAUCAUGAGGAGUACGCAACACUGCACGGCUACCGGACCAACUGGGGCUACUGGAACCUAAACGCUCGGCAGUACAUGACCAUGUUCCCUCACACACCAGACAACUCAUUCAUGGGUUUCGUUUCGGAGGAACUGAAUGAGACGGAGAAGAGAAGCAUCCAGCAGAACAAAGUGAACAGCAUGGCUGUGGUUUACGGCAAAGAGGCCAGCAUGUGGAAGCUUCAGCAGGGUAAGGAAGGUUUCCUGCAGAUUCUCCACAGGUACAUGGAGGUCCACGGCACAGUCUAUUAUGAGACCCAGAGACCUCCGGAGGUCCCGGCCUUUGUGAAGAACCACGGCUUGCUGCCCCAGAAUGAGCUGCAGCAACUGCUGCGGAAGGCCAAGCUCUUCAUUGGCUUUGGUUUCCCCUACGAAGGCCCAGCCCCUCUGGAGGCGAUAGCCAAUGGCUGCAUCUUCCUGCAGCCCAAGUUCCACCCACCUCACAGCUCGCUCAAUCACGAGUUCUUCAGAGGCAAACCCACUUCUAGAGAAGUGUCCUCCCAGCACCCAUAUGCAGAGCAGUACAUCGGCAGACCUCACGUCAUGACAGUGGACUACAACAACUCUUUAGAGUUUGACUCUGCCAUCAGGGAAAUCAUGAGGACCAAGGUUGAGCCAUAUCUGCCUUACGAGUACACCUGCGAGGGGAUGCUGGAGAGAGUCCAUUCUUACAUACAACAUCAGGACUUCUGUGCCCCAGAGUCUCCCUUCAUCCCAGCCAACCUCUCCAGACAGGGGUCUCCCUCUGGCAGCAGGAUUACAGGACCUCUGUUUGUGCCCUUGCCCAAUUCCACAGCCCUUGGCUGGGCGUCCAACGUGACUGCCCCCCCUGCUUGGCCUCCUCUCAGCUCCCUCAGGCUGCUCGUAUCUCAAGAGGGCCAGUCCUGUGUGGAGGCGUGCCAUUCAGCUAGUUUUAUCUGUGAGCCUGCUCAUUUCCGCUUCAUCAACAACAAGGAUGCCCUGCACGGGCUGGAGGUGCAGUGCGAGGUGGUAGACUCCGAGAUCAACCACAUCCUUCCAGCCUUCUCGGUGGUGCGGCGGGAGUGUGGCCUCCAGCGUGAACCCCUCCUCUUUAGCUGUGCAGGACACUCCCCCAAAUACAGACGUCUUUGCCCCUGCAGAGACUUCCGCCACGGCCAGGUGGCGCUGUGCAGAGACUGUCUAUAAUGACCGGGCACGUGAAGGACAGACGCAGACGAAUUAGACGCAGAAUGACGAGGGGGAAAAGGGCACUCAGAGGCCAGAGCAGGUGUAAAGCUGUGACAAAUUACCUGAUGGUGCAGAGAGGCAGCUCGCCGCCUCAAAAACAGUAAAUGUAGGAUGAUGAGGAACAUGCAUGGAUUUGAAAGCUGAAAGUAGGUCUGAAUAGUCUGGUUGACUGUAGUUGUUAUAACAGAACUCCAGUGAUACCAGGUGUCAUUACAGGCAGGAGCAAAGGAAUUUAUUACCAACAAACUUUCACAUUAACCCUCUGACUACAGGAUAAUAGUUUCUAAAAGAUGUUUAUGUUGUUUGAUACACAGCAUUUCAUUUUUGGAACCAAAAAUAGGGGGUUUAAGUUGGAAAAUAUAUACUUGAACUGCAGAGAAACUCAGUAUUGUGACUAUAGUGUCAUUCCAUGACAGAGACUUCAAAUAUCUUGGCUUCAAGAAGGCAACCUCGGGUCAAUAUCCAAUCUCCUCUCUGCACUUGGACAAAGGAUGAUGGACAACCAGGUUAUCUCCCUCACUUUUUUCUCCCCUCCUCCAAUGAUGGGCAGAGUCAUUUAUCAGACUGAACCCCAAGUCUGAGGCAACAUCGGUCAAUGCAAUCAUCUCUGGUCGCGAAAAGGAAAGGAGGAGGAGGACAGAGGACAAAGAUAAAGGGUACAAGAUUAUUUUUCAAUAAAUAAGCCUUUAGAGCUCUCAACUGGAUUUUUAAAGAGUCCUCUUGGCUUUAUGAUGGAAAAACAAAUCAUAAAAUAAAAAAAUCU